GACCACCUCUUCCCCUUUCCUCCCCCCUCCCCUGUCUGCCCUUCUCCCCUGCCCCAGCCAGACCUCCCUCCCACUGUCAUAAUGGCCACCUCCAUCCAGGAUUUCGACCUCAGCCGUCUGACUCUCGGUCAGCUGCAGGAGGCCCAGCGCCAGAUGUCCCAGGAGAUCAACAUGCUGACCAGCUCCUACUCGGUCCUGCGCGAGUCGAAGAUGCGCUUCCUCUCCUCGGCCGCCGCCCUGUCGGUCAUGAAGCCCGACAACAAGGACAAGAACAUCAUGCUCCCGAUCACCACCUCUCUCUACGUUCCGGGCACCCUGACCGAUGUCAACCACGUCCUCGUCGACGUCGGCACUGACUACUUCAUCAAGAUGUCUGUCACUCAGGCCGCCUCUUACUAUGAGCGCAAGGACGCCAUGCUGGAUGCCGAGCUGGCUCAGCUUAACGCCAGCAUCCAGCAGGCCCAGCAGAACAUGCAGGUCCUUGUGGAGUUCAUGCAGGCCAAGGCCUUCGAGAUCGAGUACGAGAGCCGCAUGGCCAAGGAGGCCCGCCAGGCUGCCGCCUCGGCCGCCACGAACUAGACGCCGUCAUGGACCGGGCGCCGCCCGAGCGCGCGCGCCCCAUGUUGCUUUGUCCCCUGCCCCAGGUGUGGCGAAAGGAGAAAGAAGAAGAUCAAAGAGGACCCCGAUCUCGCCGUCGUGGCCCGACGCCCAAAUACAUGCCCGCCCUCACUCUCCCUCUGAGGCUCCCUGCCCCUCAAGUCAGUUCCCCAAUAUACAGUACACCCUCCC